AUGGCCGGCGACGACGACGAUUUCGUGGCGGGGGGCAGCGAGGAGGAGGAGGAGGAGUAUCAGGAGUCUGAGGAAGCUGCCUCCGACGAUGAGGAUGAGGAGGAUGUAGGCCGACACCGCAAGAAGGCGGCUCAGAAGGAGGAGGUGAAGAAACCUGCCAAGGGGAAGAAGAAGAAGCGGAGCGGUUUCAUCGACGAUGCUGCCGAGGAGGAAGAGGACGGCAGGGCUGGCCGCAAGCGCUUGCGCGCCUCCGCCUUCAUCGACGAUAUCGCAGGCAAGCUGCCGCUGCUCAGCAGGGGGUGCAGCAGCCGGCAGGCACGCGAGGUGGACGAUGAUGAGGAUGAGGACGACAUGGAGGCAAGCGGCUGUGCAGCAGCUCGGCGCUGGGCAGGCGCUCGCUUCCUGAGCGCGCCCCGCUGCGACGACGGCACCAGCACCGCGGUGGGGCAGCAGGCGCUGAUGCCCACCCCCACCGACCCCAAGCUGUGGGUGGUGCGGUGCGGGGAGGGGCAGGAGCGGGAGGCGGUGACCUCGCUGCUGCAAAAGUGCUACGACCUGGCCAGGAAGGGGUCGCCGCUGCUCAUCAAGGCCGUCUUCUGCCAGGACCAUUUGAAGGCGGGGUCCUGGGUGCGCAUCAAGAAUGGGCUGUACAAGGGCGACCUGGCCAAGGUGGUGGACACCGACCCGGGCACGCAGCGCGGUACCAUCAAGGUGGUCCCGCGCCUCGACCUGGCGGCCCUGGCCAGCCGCAAGCCCGAGGAUGCGAAAGCCAACUUUGGGAAGCAGCCCAAGGUCAAGCCGCCUGCCAAGCCCUUCAACCCGGAUGAGGCGCGCAGCCACCGGCUGGACGUGGUGCAGCACCGCGACCGCACCACGGGCGACGUCUACCUCAUCCUCAACGGCAACAACCGCUUCCUGGAGGGCUACCUCAUCAAGACGGUGGCCCUCAAGAGCCUGGAGCUGCAGGAGGCGCUGCCGCCGCUGGACGAGCUGCAGAAGUUCAACGCCGCCGCGCAGUCGGAUGAGGGCGGCGGCACCGACCUGGCCAGCCUGGUGCAGACGCUGCAGGCGGAGGGCGGGGAGGGCGGCGGCGCCGCCUCCGUGGCGCCCAAGUUUGAGAAGGGCGACCGCGUGCUGGUGGUGGAGGGCGACCUGAAGAACAUCCAGGGCCGCGUGCAGCUUGUCACCGAGGACGGCGGCGUGAUGGUGACGCCGGAGGACGCCGCGCUUCCCGACUUCCGGGACGCCAUCCGCUUUGAGCCGCGCGAGGUCACCAAGUACUUUGAGAGCGGCGAGCACGUCAAGGUCAUCCACGGCCAGCUGAAGGGCGAGACGGGCAUGGUGUGGGGGGUGGAGGGCCCCUUUUGUUACAUCUUCACCGACGCGACGCAGCAGGAGCUGCGCGUGUUCACUCGUGACCUCACCCUGGCCGUCGCCACCUCCUCCAGCCUCGACUCGCUGGGCGGGUACGAGAUGCACGACCUGGUGGUACUGGACAAUACCACUGUGGGGGUGAUCGUGAAUGUGGAGCAGGAUGCGCUGCGGGGCCGCCCCGACAAGCCCGACAUCCGCGUCUGCCGCCUGCCCGACAUCAAGCGCAAGAUGAUGAACAAGCGUGCCAGCGUCAAGGACGGAGCCGGCAACGACGUGGGCGUGGGCGACAUGGUGGACGUGGUGGAUGGCCCGCUGAAGGGGCGGGGCGGUACCGUGCGGUACAUCAUGCGCGGCUUUGUGUUUGUGCAGACCCGCGAGGUGUCGGAGCAUGCGGGCUUCAUCUGCCUGCAGGCGCGGCACACCAAGGUCCGCGGCGGCAAGGGUCGGCCCAUGGGCGGCGGCGUGGGCAUGACGCCCGGCCGCUCCCCGGCCUAUGGCAGCCUGCUGGCCUCGCCGCAUCCCAGCCGCGGCAUGCAGCAAAACGUGCUGGCCUCGCCCGGCCGGCAGGGCGGGCCGGGAGGGUACGGCGGCGGCGGGCCGGCGGGCGCCGGCAUGUACAGCGGUCGUGUGUCCACUCAGCAGGACAAGAUGCUGGAGGGGCGCAGCAUCACGAUCAAGAAGGGCCCCUUCCGCGGCAUGCGCGGCCGUGUCAUCUCCGCCACCGCCACGCACGUCAGGCUGGAGCUGGAGGCGCAGAUGAAGACGGUGACGGUGGACAGGUCGCACCUUGCUCUGGAGGACGGCGGGCGCACAGAGGCGGCGCCCCGCCCCGGCUACGCCUACCCGGCAGCGCCCACGCCCAUGGCUGCGGGCGGCCGCACGCCCAUGCACCCGGGCAUCCACGCUACCCCCGCGCACUACUCCUCUCACACCACCCCCGCGCACCCGGGCAUGACGCCCGGCCGCGAGGCGCUGACCAAGACGCCGGCCUACGACGCGGCCUGGGCGGCCACGCCCGCGCACCCGGGCGUUGGGGGAGGCGGCGGCGCGUACCCCAACGCCGGCACCCCCGCCUUUGCCGACACACCCGGCACAGUCAACCCCUCGCCCGGCGGCAUGGGCUAUGGCGCUCAGUAUGCCCCCUCCCCAGCAGCCUACGCGCCCUCCCCUGCCGGCUACGCGGCUGCGGCGGGCACGCCAGCGGUGGCGGGCACGCCGGGCAUGCCGGGCAUGUAUGCUGCAGCAGGCACGCCAGGCAUGUAUGCGGCCGCGGGCACGCCGGGCGUCUACGGCGCGGCAGACAUGCCGGCCCCCACGCCGGGCGGCGGGCAGGGCAAGUACGGCGGCGGCGGCGCCCCGGGCGCCAGCUACAGGCACUGGGCGGAGGUGGAGGUGGUGCUGCCUGGGGGCGAGCGCGCCGCGGUGCGCAGCGUGGAGGGAGGCACCGCCACUGUGGCCAUAGGGGCUGCGCAGGGCGACCAGGUGUGGAGCUACCCUGCCGACGCGCCCACCCGCAGCGUGGCGGUGGGAGACAUGCAGCUGGCACCACUGCCUGUGGGCAAGAGCUUCAUACGCGUCGUGGGCGGGGAGCUGGCGGGGCAGUACGGGCAGCUGGUGGGCACAGACAGCGGCGACGGCAUCGUCAGGCUGGGCGCCGACAUCAAGAUCAUCAAGCUGGCGGAGAUUGGGAGGCUGGCGGUGCAGCCGCCGGCACCAGCGGGAGAGGCGGGCGACGGCGCGCCGCCGCCCCCGCCGCCCGCAUGA